GGCAUGUCCAUCCUCAACUCCUCUGAAUUUGAAAUCUCUAUUUUCUAUUUGGUUGGAAUCCCAGGGAUGGAGUCUGCCAAUGUUUGGAUAGCCAUUCCCAUAUGUCUCAUGUACCUCAUUGCCAUCCUGGGGAACUGCACCAUCUUAUUUUUCAUAAAAACAGAGCCUUCUUUGCAUGAACCCAUGUACUAUUUUCUCUCCAUGCUGGCUCUUUCUGACCUAGGGCUUUCUCUUUCCUCUCUCCCUACCAUGCUAAAGAUUUUUUUGUUCAAUGCUCCAGAAAUUUCUCCCGAUGCUUGUAUUGCCCAAGAGUUUUUCAUUCAUGGAUUCUCAGCUAUGGAGUCAUCUGUCCUUCUCAUUAUGUCCUUUGACCGCUUUAUUGCCAUUUGUAACCCUUUGAGAUACACCUCCAUUCUUACCAGCACUAGAGUUGCUCAAAUUGGUCUUACAUUUUUUCUCAAAAAUAUUUUGUUGAUUCUCCCUUUCCCUCUCACUCUAAAAUAUCUAAGAUACUGCAAACAUAAUCUCCUGUCCCAUUCCUUCUGCCUCCAUCAGGAUGUCAUGAAGCUGGCUUGCUCUGACAACAAGGUGAAUGUCAUCUAUGGCUUAUUUGUGGCUCUCACAGGUAUGCUAGACUUGAUAUUCAUUUUUGUGUCCUACGUGCUGAUACUGAGGGCAGUAUUAAGUAUAGCAUCGCAGAAGGAAAGGCUCAAGGUCCUUAAUACUUGUGUCUCGCACAUCUGUGCCGUGCUCAUCUUCUACAUGCCCAUCCUCUCCUUGGCUGUCAUCUACCGUUUUGCAAAAUACAGUUCCCCUGUCACUAAGAUUCUCAUGGCUGAUGUAUUCUUGUUGGUGCCCCCAUUGAUGAACCCCAUUGUUUACUGCGUGAAGAGCCAGCAGAUAAGAAAUCUGAUCUUAGGGAAAAUGUGUCAGAAGGAAAGUUGA